AUGGCAUCUGUUCAUAAGAUGAGCUCGGAGGAAGACACAUUGCAGAUGACUACUACGGCCGACCCCACAUGGCCAGGAGCCUCCGGCUGGGAUUCCAUCUUUUCCACAGUGAAAGAACAAGUACCUUCUCUGGAUUCAGAUGAGGCGUCCCUGUCUGACGGUGACGAUGAGGAGAUGCACAUUUUCCAGAGAGAUCAUGUUUGUUUUAUGCCAGACCUGUCAGAAGAACUAUUAGGAGAGGUCCAGGACACUAAAGUCCAGGAUGAUUCUGGGCUAAUGAACUUUGAGAGAGAGGGAUGGACGGAACCAAAGGAGAGCUCUCGUGACGAUCCAAACCUCACAUUCACCAACCAUGACACAAAGCAAAUAACCCCUGACCCCAGCACUAGAACGGAGCCCCUGUUCUCGGAGAAGACCGAGACCCUAAAUGGAGAAAUGAAGGAAUUGGUUAAGAUUGAGUGCUGUGAAUUUCAGCUUAGUGUAGAGGAUUCACUUAUACGGGAUAGUCAGAGCGUUGAGGUGCAGAGUGGAAAGGAUCUGAAUGGACACCUAGAUCCCGUCCUGCUCCACGAGAAGCAGGGUGCAGAGCAGUGGGACCUUGACCGGGUUCUCCAGCAGAUCAUGGAGAUCGGGGAGAUCCAUCUUCCAACCAGCCUCGAUACAGCAUGUCUCCGAGACUCUGAUGAGCUGAUGCCUCCUCCGCUGCUGCCCUUUGAAAGUUAUUCAGCAGCACGCCAAGACCAGAUCAUGAAACAGCUGGCGGAUCUGAGUGCUAGGCAGUUGCAGUCCGUUCCUCGUGUUCAGCAAUUGGCAAUUGAGACAAAGGAAGAUGAGAGCAGGGGAAGCUCCUGCAGGAAGGAUCUUGACACAUUGGAUGGUAAAAAACACCAGGAACAAAGUUCCACUGUUUAUAUAGAUUUGAGGCCAACUGCUCUCCACGUGAACUCAACAACCAUAGAAGAUCAGCGGAAAGGAAAGUCCACACAUGUCAAAGAGAAGACAGAGGAAAGGCUCCCCAACAGGGUUCAACUUACAGGAAAAAGCUUGCUGCUUCACCAACUCCGCCAUGUUAAAAAUAUCCCACCCUCAGACGCACUAGAUAACAAGUCCCAAGAACCCGAGUCUGCUAUGGUGAGUAAGGAAAACCAGGCUCCUGCUCCACAUCUCCAAUGCAAGAGACGACUGAAGAACAUUGGGCAAAACACGGCCAAAGUCCAGGAAGGAGAAGAAGCAAAUAAGGAAGCAACUACAGAAGAGAAACCAGACGAGGAUAAGAACCAGAUACAAAUCCACCCGUCACCUGUAACAGUCCAGGAAACCCCCAGCACGCAGGUUCUGGAACGCAAGGAGAUGCAGGAAAAAGAAAAGAAAGUCCGUCAUAGGAUGCAGGCUCAGCUGGAAGGAUUGAAACCACUCAACUCAGUGAACCGCCGGCAGCCAAUGGCCAAGGGAACCCCUGUAUUGUUUCACCCGGAAGCUUCGUUUAGCCCGGAUAUUGGCACUUUACCGUCGGCAUCAUGCAGUAAUGUAGAGCUGAUUCUCCUCACUGUCUGGCUAUCGAGUUGCGGACAGAUCAUCCUCCCGGGACAGCAUGGCAGUCGGUCACCAGACUCCUCUCUCUCUUCCAGCAAUGCUUACAAUGCUUUGCUCACCUGGCUCCUCUCCCUGGUGCCAGCCUUAAAUCCUCAGAGCAGUGCCCCAUUUCAGGUGCUGGGUUUGCAGCAGGAGUGGCGGGAGGAAGGGCUGGCACUGUUUGCCUGCUUGUCACCGGGGAUUGUGCAAUUGCAAAGCAGCCCCAAGAUCCGAAAGCCCAAGGGUAAAGAAGGCUUACGAGGCACUUCCAGUUUCUACCAGCAGGCGUCGCUGUUCUUGAGGCAAAAUACCUUGCAAAGUGUCGCAUGGUGGACCAAUGAGGUGACACAUCGCUUGCACGGGCAACUUUUCCCCUUGCCACUUGAAGUCCCACCUGUCAAACUAAGCAACAUUGCAACCUUAAAUCCUGCCACAGAGGCCGUGGAAAAAGCUUUCUUAUCCUCGUCUGGUUUCUACUGGCAGACUAUGGAGACUGAUGAGAAGCUCAGUCCUCAAGGCCUUGAGAUAGAUGGAGAUAUUGAGACCGAGGUGGUGUCUGUUACCUUGUUUGACUCACUGCUGAGAGAUCCCGCCGUGUUUCACCAUAUUCUGCACCUCGUACUUAUGAAGGGGCUUGAUGUGUGUGCUCUCAGGUUACUGUAUCCGGAGAGCACUCUUCUUCACUCUUAUAUAGAUACAAUUCCUCCAUCCUACAUUAGGGAAGGUGGUCAAGCGCCACCGGUUUUGGCUUUAGCGCUGCGGGGACACCAAGCAGGAAAGGCCUGGAGUGAUCUGUCAGGCUCAUGUGACUCCGAACUUGCCAGACGAGUGGAUCCAUGUUCCAUACAUGCCCUUUACGGCUACAGGAAAGAGGAACCCAUUCUUCAUGCCGUGCGCAGUUCUAAUCGCCUGUUGCGGGAUCUCUGUUUUUGGUUUGGGGGAAGAAUAACCAGUUUUGAUAAUGUAAAAAUCGGCAUCCAGAAUUCAGUUGGAAAGCACACAGACUCAUGCCGGCCUCCCACUUUCCUUACUGCCACUAUUAUGGGGGACGUGUUCCUGGUGGCAUCACCAGCGGUUCCACCGUUGGCUUACGGAGACAUUAUAGACAUUUGCCAUCAGCGAGGAUUUAGUCUGCAAGGUGUGCGACGCCUCCGUCUGACCGCGAAGCGUGCAGCGAUGUUGAGCAUGUCACCUAACCAGGUGCCUGUAUUUUGCCCAGGUAGUCCUUCUACCCAGCCAGUAAAACAGCCUUACCCUCGCUUACACUGUCUGCUGCUUUUACUAAGGAAAGAGAACGCCGGUCACCAAGUGCCAGGACUUAUCCAAGGACUGAUGAAUGGACUGGCCGAGCAAGGUCUCCUGGGAUUAAUCCUAGCUAAUUUCACUUAUCCAGCUGAACUUGAUCCCAACCUUUGCUUUCACGCUGCACCUUAUUUCGACAGCCUGCUGCAGACCUUGGGUGGCAGUCUUUGUGCCGUACCGGACCCUAGCUACGUCACGAUGGGCAUGUCAUCUGCUCAGCCUUAUCCCUCUGAUCCGGAAAAUGAACAAGUUGUUCUCCUUGCGAUGAGUGGAACACAGACCUUAAGGAGAGCAGGCCACCUACUGCGCCAGAUCCUGCGACCAUGUCUUAAAAUGCAGAAAUCAAUCCCAGAAUCUAAGUUUCACCAGUUUGAAGUUCUUGGUCUGAAGUGGUUGCCCCGCUUGAGUCGACUACAAGCCAAAGAAAUCACUCCUUAUGAGGUGGGAGACCGCCCCUGGCAGAAAAGUGUGGAGCAGCUGACUUCUAACCCAGCUCUCCUGUGUGCCCUACGCCGAGUCUAUGCCUUUACUACACUAGAACACGCCAUCCGAGAACUGUCAUCCAUGACAGAUAAAAAACUACCCCAACUCAUCAUGUCUGCCACUCCAGAAAUUGCCUUCCGUCAGGCAGCCCUAAUCUUCAUGGAAAAAGAACUGAUUUCUGAUCCAGAGAGCCGCAGCAUCCUGAAAUACAUUGCACCACCAUCAAUGAGCUGCAGGUCUGGAGGUGCAGAAGAUCACAAGUGGCAGACUGAGUCCAUAUUCACGUACAUGCUGUCAGGUCCUCCACUACUCUACACGGUUCUUCUCCUCAAGCCAGGGAUUUGGAGCCACGCCAUUGGAAAGAUUUUGCGAAAGGCUGUACAGCAGAAAUUCCAACUGGUUGGAAUGAAGCCAGUGACACUUGCUCCUCAGGAUUGUGAAUUAAUCCUCUUUGAGAAUGUGAAGCAGGAUAAAGCUCUAUUUCACGCUCACUGUGAUUACCUCUGCGUUGGACCAUGCCUCGCGCUUUGUCUACAGAGACACAAUGCCGUACUCAGACUCCUGGAUAUACUGGGGCCCGAGGAUCCUGAGCUGUGCAAAGCUGAAGACCAGUUUCUAUGGAGAGUACAGUAUGGCACCAGUCCUGUACGGAAUGGGAUGUACGGUUCCACCUCCUAUGAUACCGCCAUCCGAGACCUGAAACAUUUCUUCCCCGAAGGUCUUCCAUGUGAUCAGUCAGUCGUGUUGGAAACUGAACAGAUACCAAGACUGGCGUGUGAUGUCUUGUUUGGCAGUCGAGCACAACGCAAAGUGGUGAAGAAUCCACUUCAUCAGCCAGGACAAUCUCCAACCUGGGAUCAACCCUUCAUCAGUGCCCUUGGCCAGACCACGUGCCUUCUCUUCCCUCCGUGCACCGUGCGUGGCUGCCCACCACCCUAUAUCCACGGACUUGAGCAACUGGCCAGCAGAGACUUUCGUAUCACAGCAACGCGUUUUACUGUAUUCGACCAAUCACAGGCACAGCUGAUCUCAGAUUUAUACAGCCCGCUGGACAGCCUAUCAGCGGAGUUCAAGGCUCUCACAGAGGGGCCCUGUGUACUAGUGGCUGCCCAACGGGACAAUGCAGUAUCUUGCUUUAACUCUGUCAUGGACAGUGUUAACUGGCAGAAUGCAACCAAUCAGAGCUUCACGCCGGGCGUGAUGUGUCCGCAGACCGAAUCUCAGGCCAACAAGAUGAUCAGCUGUUUCUUUGAUUCGCUGACUCCUGAGAGCAUUCACCAAAUUGUGCCCGAGGCUUUAUAUGAUGGGAAGUUGCAAUCCCCUUUGUCACCAUAGAUCUUCUAACGAUAGAUUCAGUCACCUUAUCGUACUAUAUGCGGAGAAAGGAAUCUAGAACUUUGCACUUUUCUUAGUGAAUCUGAAGACCAUGCAGAGGAAAACAUUAUCGACCUGGAUUAUUACACCGGCGGGUUGAUACAACUGAUGAAUUGAUACAAAUGAAAUGUAUCCACUCUUACCAGCUCACUUUUAUUGCACUUUAUUAUUAAAUAGUUGCUGCUAUAAAUUAUUGAUCUGGGCAACGUAUAGGAACUGUUAUUUUCCCCUGAGAUAUAUGCUUCGGUUACAUUAUAAGAUCUUCUAUUAGAUCAAUUGUGGUUUCAAGGUGAUUGGAAUGGUCAACUCUCCAUUGCGUUGUCCUGUCCCACUGA